UUCUUCUAGCAUGCUGUAGCCCGCAGGUUAGAAAAAAAGAACCUUGUAAUUUUGUUACAGGGAAAAAGACAUGGAGAAAUUGGUGUGUUGAAAUAUUAGGGAGAAGGAAGGAUGGGGGUGGAAUAAAGCUGAACAUCUAAUAGUUUAGUGACAGAAAGAAGCAGCUGGAUAUUUAUAAGUGUGCUUGAUUGUUAUAGUAUAUCAAAUUUAGAUUUUAUGUGAGAUCACAGACAAAAACAAGAACUUACGGAAUUUUGAAGAAACUAUUUUAAAGUUUAUCUGAGGCAGUGGAAAGAAAAAGAGAGACCAACUUGAAGACCACACAACCUAACCAGCUCCAUCUGGUCACUUCAGGGGCAACACAGUUGAGCCAUUCGGAUCUAAUCAAGUGUACUGGCAGGUGCACCUUUCUGACGCCUUCCUGAUAAUGGAAUCAGAUAAUGGGACCAGCUCUGUGGAGAGCAUGACAAACAGUUACACCAUUUUGAAGACCAACAUCUUUGUUACCUUUGGGGCCCUCAUCCUUGGCAUCGUCUUCCUCCUGGGUGUUCCUGGCAACCUCUUCAUUAUUUGGAGCAUCCUGGCACGUGCCCGCAAACGCUCCGUCACUACCCUGCUCAUCCUCAACCUGGCUUGUGCAAACGGUUGUCUAAUGUGUCUGACUGUUUUCUUUAUAAUAUACCUAGCCAAGCAGAACUGGAUAUUUGGAACGGUCAUGUGCAAGCUGCUUUUUUACUUCUGCAAUACAAACAUGUAUGCUUCUAUUAUGAUCAUUACGCUGAUGAGACUACACAGACUAGUGGCAGUGAUGUGGCCCACAUACUUGACUGCCUGCACUCGUAGAGGAACAGUAUUACUUGUGCUUGGGGGCCUGUGGAUUAUCGUAUCUCUUUUGGCACUUCCUGAAUUAAUAUUCAGACGAACAGAGAAUUACAAUAAGGAACGCACUUUUUGUACAACUCAUCACAAGUAUCCAAAGCAUGCAGUGUUUCAAUACACAUUUGAAACAGUGGUGGGCUUCCUGGUGCCAUAUGUGAUCAUAGUCAGCAGUUAUGUGUGUAUCCUUCGCCGCCUCAGACGGACUAUGAUCAAGAGGACACGGAGUGAGAACCUUAUUCAAGCCAUUAUUGUGAUGUUCUGCAUUUUUUGGCUUCCUUACCACUGUGUUAAUAUGGUGCAAGUGGCAGCAGCUGUUACAUCAGAUGGAUUGCUCAAAAUGAAACUGGAUUCCAUCUGGAAGAGCAGCAGUGUUUUUACAUUCGCUCUGGCUUUUAUAAGUAGUUGUGCCAAUCCUUUUCUCUGUGCAUUUGCUGGACGCUCCUAUAUCAAAACUGAUGGCCUGGCAUUCAUGACCAGAUUCUUUGAGGGCACGGUCCAGGAGGGCACAGAGAAGCCAUCAGAACAGAGGUCAUCAGGCUCUAAACCUCACUGGAGCACAGACACAUAAAAAUUAAUCUUGAACAAUGAAUUAAGAUACUUCUGCAUCAGCUUUUAUUGACUGACUGAUACUAUAUGGAACACACAACAGGUCAAACAUUUAAUCUAGAUAGAGAGCAGCCUAAAGACCUGGUGCUUUUAAAUAUCAUUUGACUUCAUUAUAAAUUAGCUAUAUGCAGCUUUCAUUCAUUUUUUUUAAUCAGCCUUCCAAGUUUACUGCUGAUUGCAUGGCUAUGACGUAUUCAUUGGAAUAAAUCCAUACUUGCAUUGUGUAUAUAUAAAAUUUUGCAUUGCCUCCUGUAAUUUAACACAAAGAUUGCAUGAAUACUUAACACACCAGUGUAUACAUUUACAGGACUGGAAUUAGUCAGUAGCAAAAGAUCACAGGUAUUUUAGAGUUCACUUUAGAAUAUACAACCUAAUGCAGGAAUCAAACCUUUAUGGGCUUUUCUUGGAAAAACAAAAAAUGAUUUAUGCAUAAAGCCACUAAAUUAGUCACAAAAGGAAAUGCCCGAUCUCUUUUUAUAGUGGACUUUAAAAUUCACUGCUUGUACACAAUCCACACCAUGAAUUAGCCAUAUAUUUUAAAAUAGGUUUUUAUUGUAGUGGUUUCAAAUCACUAAAUCACUGACAGCAUAUACACUGCUGGCAUUUUUCAGAGUUCCAAGGAUAGCAAGCACGCAGACAUACUACAGCUUACAAUUAUAUACAUACUAGCUUUUCUACAAAAUAAUUGUAAAAA